UACCGCCACGUACACCCACGGCCUAUCGACGUCGUCUUUACCAACGACCGAAGUCGAUCCGACGUCGCACCCGCGAACCUUCAUGAGGCUGUCACCGGAGAUACCACUGCGACCCUUCUACCUCGCCCGGGAACCAUGACCUCCAUCCAGAGGCAUGAGCUCCAGGCUCUGGUCAAGCUGGUUAACAGCAACCAGCUGCUUAACCGCCAAUUGUCCAACAUUUGCCAGCUCAACGGGCUCACGAGCAGCGGCGUUAAAGCGGCACUGCAAAGUCGCAUCGUUAGUGCUAUCGAAGAAGCUUUCAAGAACAACGAUGCUACACGCUUUCAGCAAAUACAAAGAAGCAUCGAGACCACGCGAACCGGUUCCUCUGCUUCGCCCGCCUCCCAGAAAGGCGGACGCCCUGCCACAGCGACUCCGCCAGUGUCAACAAUGCGGCAAGACCAAUAUUGGGGGCGCAACGCUCGUCUUGGCGGUCCGAAUGGCCCUGCGCUACCCAGUUACGGAUCAAGCGGACCGUCAUUCAAGAACAGUCCCUUUUACGAGAUCCAGUUCCGGGUCGGCGAAGUGCGCACUUGCGAGGCCAUGAGCCAGCAUAGAAACAUGGUCUCAAUUCCAGUCAGAAUCAGCGACAACCCUGGUGUCAACAGAGUCCUCGAAGACAAGUCGCUACGUAUCAUGGUCUUUUGCGCUGGAGACAACAGCGGCACCCAAGAAAUUGCGUUCCCUCACCAGUCGGAGAUCAAGAUCAAUGGCAACGAGGUCAAGGCAAACCUCAGAGGUUUGAAGAACAAACCAGGAUCUACGAGGCCAGUCGACGUCACGAGCUAUUUGCGUCUGAAAAAUGACAAUAGAAACCUCGUUGAGUUCACUUAUGCGUUGACUCAAAAGAAAUUCUAUCUUGUCCUCUACGUCUGCAAAAUUACCUCAGCGCAGGACCUGGCCGAGAAGAUCAAAACUGGACAAAAGAUUCCCAAAAACAAGGUUAUUGAAGAGAUCAGCAAGAAGGCGGCGGACACAGACAUUGUUACGACAUCUCAAGUCCUAUCUCUCAAGUGUCCUCUGUCCUACAUGCGUCUAGACGUUCCGUGCCGCUCUGUCAACUGCUCGCACAUUCAAUGUUUCGACGCGACGUCGUACCUUCAACUGCAAGAACAGGGCCCUCAGUGGCUAUGUCCGAUUUGCAAUAAAUCGGCGCCAUUUGCACAGCUGGCUGUUGACGAGUACGUAAGGGACAUAUUGGCGAACACAUCAAAAUCCCUCGAUCAGGUCACCAUCGAACCAGACGGACAAUGGCGAGUGAACACAGGGCAGGACGAGAACAAGCCUACGAAUGGCGGCAGCGGCCUAGUUAACGAUGAUGACGAUGACGAUGACGACGAUUGGGGCAUCGUGGAGGUCAACCCCGUUCGGAGUCGAAACUUCGAAACUCCCAACCGGUCAGUCGCUAGCACGGCAACCCCUACGACAACGGCAAUGUCUCGAGAAAGCUCAACGAUGCCGCGGGGCGUGGCCACCACAAGUGCCAAGAGACUGCAUUCAGACAGGGUGACAAUAGACCUGACCCUAUCCGACGAUGAUGAACCAGUCGCACCGCCUCCGAAGCGGCAGCAAUUACAGGGGCCGGGUUCGAGUCAUCAUAACGGAUACAACAGCAGCCUAUUUUGA